AUGAAACCAAGACUCCUCCUCAUCUGCCUGGCAUCCUUCUACUGUCUAGGUGGCUGUCUGGCCUCAGAACUCUCUUUCCUGCUGGAGCCUAGUGAUGUGAUUGCAGUAAGAGAUCAGCCUCUAAUGCUGGACUGUGGGGUGCAGGGUGAGGAACCGAUCAUGGUGACGUGGCGUAAAAACGGUGUGCCUAUACCCACGAGUCCACGGGUUCAGGUUCUGGCGAAUGGCACACUGUUCAUCCGGAGCUUCCAGAAACGCAGAGAGGGGAGCGAUGCGGAUAUGGGCGAGUACGACUGUGCUGCCCAAAAUCGCUAUGGCAUGCUGGUCAGCCGCAAAGCCAAAGUCCUCUUGGCAUCUCUUCCUAAGUUCCACACCCACCCUGUGUCCAUGGCUGUGGAUGAGGGAAGUGUUGCUCGUUUCCAGUGUCAGAUUAAUGGGGUACCUGAGGCCAAGAUCACCUGGGAGAGAGACAGAGUAACACUCAACACCACUGACAACAGGUACACUCUGCUACCAAUGGGUAUUCUCCAGGUGACAGGUGUGAGGCAGGCGGACGCUGGGAUUUUCCGAUGUGUCGCCACCAACCCGGCCAAUACUCGCUACAGCCAUGAGGCCAUUCUCAAUGUCACUGGUGGAGCUCCCAGACUCUACAAGGAGCCGUUCAUCUUGUCAGGACCUCAGAAUCUAACCCUCACUGUCCAUCAGACGGCCAUCUUGGAAUGCAUCGCCACUGGAAACCCAAGGCCCAUAGUUUCCUGGAGCAGGCUAGAUGGACGCUCCAUUGGGGUGGAGGGUAUCCAGGUUCUGGGUACAGGGAACCUGAUGAUCUCAGAUGUGUCCUUGCAACACUCUGGUGUGUAUGUGUGUGCUGCCAAUCGGCCUGGCACCAGAAUGAGACGCACAGCACUCGGCCGACUCGUGGUGCAAGCUCCCCCAGAGUUCCUGCAGUGGCCGCAGUCUGUGUCCAAACCAGCAGGGGGCAGUGUUGUUUUCAGCUGUGUGGCCCAGGGUGUCCCAGAGCCUCACCUCAUCUGGCUGAAGAACGGCAAGGUCCUGAUGCCUGGAAACAAUGUCAAGCUGACCAACAACAACAGCACUCUGGCUCUGACCCGUAUCAGUUCAGAGGAUGAGGCCAUUUACCAGUGCAUCGCCGAGAACAGUGCCGGGACCAACCAGGCCAGCGCACGUUUGGCUGUGGUCCAGAGUAAAGACCUGCCUGCCGCCCCCCAGGGCUUCAAAGUCAGUGUCCUGUCCACAAAUGCCCUACAGAUAGCAUGGAGCCAACCGCCCUCCGACGUCACUGACAGCAUCAUUGGUUAUGUUCUUCACAUCCGCAAGACAGGAGAGCCUGACAGUCUGGAGCUGCAGGAAGCUAUAAGUAAAGGCAAAUUCCAACAUGACAUUCCCAACCUGGAACCAGCCACCACCUACUCCCUCUACCUGAAGGCCUACUCUCCUCUGGGAGCCAGCCAGCAGUCUCACACUGUGGUGGCUACAACACUAGGUGGAGUGCCGGCCCCUCCCACCUUCUUCACGAAGUUGGUGAAUUCCAGUGCUGUGCAGGUCCUCUGGGAGCUGCCCAGUAAGGCCGGCAAGGCUGAGGGCUUCAGGUUGUCCUACCGCAAGGUCCCCAAUGCUGACUUCCAGGGACCCAUCCAGCUGCCCUGUCCCAUUAAUGCCCACACCAUCUCAAACAUGGAACCGGGUGCAGUGUAUGAAAUCAAACUGGUGGCCUACAAUGGAAACGGGGAGAGUGAUUGUUCCAAGAGACUGGUAUCACUGGGAGAGGAAGGAGCCAGUGACCAAAAUACUGGAGGGGACAGUCUGUGUCAGUGCAGGGAUGGAGAGGCCUCUCUGGGCAGCAUCAUCAUUGGCAUCCAUAUUGGCACCGCCUGCAUCAUCUUCUGCGUUCUAUUUCUCGUUUUUGGAUACCGUCGCAGUUUUGUUUGCAGUAAAGGAACUCAGGACAGCUGGUCUGUGCCGAGGAACAACACAGGACACAUCGGAAACCUUAAAGAUGAAGCAAACUGCUCCAGAAUGGAAUCAGUGCCUGAGGUGGUCUGUCCAGCACAGUGCCAGGUCAUCAUUGAGCAGCAGUCAUCAGGUUUACCUGGCAUGGGCCCUGGCUAA